AGCAGACACUGAUUUUGGAGUGAGCGGGGUAAGUGGGCGGAGCGCAGCGCAUAAACCGAGGUCAAUUGCUGGGAAGCUGUCACAUGCACAGAGCUGGGCAGGAUGGGUCCACCUUGGUUUCUUCUGCUUGUGGUCUCCACUGUUAGUGCCACACUCUGCCCAGAUGGCAGCACUUGUGGAGAAAAGAGUCUGUGCUGUGAACUGCCUGGCAAGAAGGGGUAUGGCUGUUGCCCUGCGGCAGAGGUUGUGUCUCGCUCCCUUCCUAUGAUUCUUUCCCAGACCUCCUGCUCAGGCUGCCCUGAUGAGUAUUCCUGUGUGAAUACUCCAGAAGGGGGAACCGCUUGCUGUCCAUUAUCUGAGGGAAAAUCUUGCCAAGAUGGACAUCACUGCUGUUCUGUAGGCUCCUACUGCUCAGAUGAUGGCCACUACUGUAUCCCAGCCUCUAACCAGUCUGCUGUAGUCUGCCCGGAUGGAAGGUCUGAAUGCCCCACUCUCACCACCUGCUGUAUGAUGUCUGACAUGUCGUCAUGGGGGUGCUGCCCCAUGCCACAGGCAGUUUGCUGUGAUGAUCAUAUGCACUGCUGUCCCCAUAACUCUGAGUGUGAUGUCCAGCAAGGGCGCUGUAUCUCCAACCAGGACCACAUUCCCUGGAUGAGCAAACUUCCAGCCCGUGUGAAAUCAGAGGGCUUGAAAUUAGUUGGCUUGGGAGAUGAAGAACGACGGGUUCCAUGCCUUGAUGGCACUUUCUGCCCAGAUGGCUCUACCUGCUGUGAACAAGUAGACCACACAUAUGGGUGCUGCUCCAUAUUGUCUGCUGUCUGCUGUUCUGACCAUCUUCACUGUUGCCCUGGUGGUACCACAUGUGACCUUGUCCAUAAGAAAUGUGUAUCCCAAACUGGGGAGGGCCCCUUAUUGCCACAGAUGCCAGCUAUCCGGGAGGAAUCAGCCAACCAGGUCCCCUGCGAUGCCACCACUAGCUGCCCGGAUAAGAACACCUGCUGCCACCUGUCAUCUGAGAAGUGGGGUUGCUGCCCUUAUGCACAGGCAGUGUGUUGUGACGAUCAUAUCCACUGCUGUCCCAGUGGGUUCACAUGUUCUGGAGGCAGCUGUGUGUUGGCAGAGCACUCUAUCCCUUGGAUGAGGAAGACUUUGGCUCAGGGGCUGAAAACUACCAGAGUUCAGUGUGAUGACACCGCCAGCUGCCCAGAAAAGGAAACCUGCUGUCGUCUGGUAUCUGGCAAGUGGGGUUGCUGUCCUGUAGUGAAGGCUGUGUGCUGUAAUGAUCAUCUUCAUUGCUGUCCUGAAGGUUAUACAUGCUCCCAGGGCGAAUGCUCAAAAAUGGAACACUCCAUCCCUUGGUUCACAAAAACUCCAGCUCUGACCCAUGAAGCCAGAGAUGUCGAAUGUGAUGAUAUGUACAGCUGCCCAGAUGGACAAACCUGCUGCCGCUUGGCCUCAGGCGACUGGGGAUGCUGCCCAAUAGCACAGGCUGUGUGCUGUGAUGACCAUGAACACUGCUGCCCUCCUGGUUACACAUGUUCUGGAGGAAGUUGCCAGAAGGGGGAGCUCUCUAUCCCAUGGUUCCUCAAGACUCCAGCUUUGAAACAGAAGGCCAGAGAUGUCCAGUGUGAUGAUAUGUACAGCUGCGCAGAUGGGCAAACCUGCUGCCGCCUGGCAUCUGGGGACUGGGGAUGCUGCCCUAUAGCACAGGCUGUGUGCUGUGAUGACCAUGAACACUGCUGCCCUCCUGGAUACACAUGCUCUGGAGGAAGUUGCCAGCAGGGGGUGCUUUCAAUCCCAUGGUUCCUCAAGACUCCAGCUUUGAAACAGAAUGCCAGAGAUGUCCAGUGUGAUGAUAUGUAUAGCUGCGCAGAUGGGCAAACCUGCUGCCGCCUGGCAUCUGGGGACUGGGGAUGCUGCCCUAUUGCACAGGCUGUGUGCUGUGAUGACCAUGAGCACUGCUGCCCUCCUGGUUACACAUGCUCCGGAGGACAGUGCCAGAAGGGGGAGCACUCCAUCCCAUUGUUCAGCAAGACUCCAGCUUUGAAACAGAAGGCCAGAGAUGUCCAGUGUGAUGAAAUUUACAGCUGCCCAGAUGGGCAAACCUGCUGCCGCUUGGCCUCUGGCGACUGGGGAUGCUGCCCAAUAGCACGGGCUGUGUGCUGUGAUGACCAUGAACACUGCUGCCCUCAUGGAUACAUAUGCUCUGGAGGAAGUUGCCAGCAGGGGGAGCUCUCUAUCCCAUGGUUCCUCAAGACUCCAGCUUUGAAACAGAAGGCCAGAGAUGUCCAGUGUGAUGAUAUGUACAGUUGCCCAGAUGGACAAACCUGCUGCCGCUUGGCCUCUGGUGACUGGGGAUGCUGCCCAAUAGCACAGGCUGUGUGCUGUGAUGACCAUGAACACUGCUGCCCUCCUGGUUACACCUGCUCUGGAGGACAGUGCCAGAAGGGGGAGCACUCCAUCCCAUUGUUCAGCAAGACUCCAGCUCUGAGACAGGAGACCAAAUAUGUCAAAUGUGAUGAUACCCACAGCUGUGCAGAUGGGCAAACCUGCUGCCGCCUGGCAUCUGGGGACUGGGGAUGCUGCCCUAUAGCACAGGCUGUGUGCUGUGAUGACCAUGAACACUGCUGCCCCCCUGGAUAUACCUGCUCUGGGUCACAGUGCAUGAUUGGGGAGCACUCCAUCCCAUGGUUCAGCAAGACCCCGGCUUUAAAACAGAAGGCCAAAGAUGUCCAGUGUGAUGAUAUGUACAGCUGCGCAGAUGGGCAAACCUGCUGCCGCUUGGCAUCUGGGGACUGGGGAUGCUGCCCUAUAGCACAGGCUGUGUGUUGUGAUGACCAUGAACACUGCUGCCCUCCUGGUUACACAUGCUCUGGAGGACAAUGCCAGAAGGGAGAGCACUCCAUCCCAUGGUACAGCAAGACUCCAGCUCUGAAGCAAGAAGGUAACAUAGUGAAAUGUGAUGAUUCCUUCGCCUGUAAAGAUGGUUACACUUGUUGUCGCAUGGUCUCUGGGGUGUGGGGAUGCUGCCCUAUAGAGAAGGCUGUGUGCUGCUCCGACCACUGGCACUGCUGCCCCCAGGGGUUUACCUGUGAUGCCAGAGGUACCUGUGUACUAGGCCAGUUCUCUAUCCCAUGGCUCACUAAGGUUCCAGCUUUGCCCUUUGAUGGGACUCACAGUAUUUGUGACGAUACCCACACUUGCCCUUCUGGUACCACAUGCUGCCCUGGAGAGGGGGGAGGCUGGAGAUGCUGCCCAGUGGAAGAGAAGGAGGCUAUCGAAACCUCCCCCAGUGACACCUCUGUCCAGGGAUUACGUCUGGAUUAUGUCUGGUGUGAUUCUCAGUAUGCCUGCUUUGAUGGCCAAACUUGUUGUCGAGGACUCGGAGGAGUGUGGAACUGCUGUGUUUAUACUCAGGGGGUGUGCUGCCCAGACAUGGUGCACUGCUGUCCCUAUGGGUAUGUGUGUCUGAACCAUGGAACGUCAUGUAGUCGUUCAGGAAGCCCACGUUGGGAUGGUCAGUCGGGAAGCCCACAUUGGGAUGGAAAACAGUCCCCACGGGAUGGUAAACGGCCCCCUUUCCUAUGAACACAAUCCAAAUCCACUUGAUUGUUACUACUAAUAAGAUCCUUCUAAAAGCACUGGAAUAAAAUCAAAUUAUUUUUGUUUUAUAUGUUUAAA